AUGAGAUUCCCCAAUAUCAUGCUAAGACUAGCUAGGAUUUCCAGAAGAAGAUGCCAUUCAUUUGAUGAGAAAUAAAAAGGAAUAUCGAAAAUUCGCGUGGCUGAAGCUGAAGCAGCUACUUUCGAAGUAACAGAAAGAAAAGCAACAACUAGAGUGGGAGAGUCAGAGUCGAAAAAAGGAUUCCUCACUUCUUUGUCUCAUUCAAAACCGUGCAUGAGACUUUCAUCUCGCAAGGCUCCUAAGUGAUAAAAGAAAGAAAAACUCAUCUUGUUUCUUUUUUGAUUACCUUCCUCGCGUAUGUAUAUAUACCUGGAGUAUAAUCCCGUGUAAUUAUACAGAAGAUUGCAAGCAACUUGGUGCAUGGGAAAAUUUCUCUAUUCGACCAACUUUUUCUUAAUCCCUUCAGUGGAUUUGAGUAAAGAGUCCUCAAGUACUCUCCAAUCAUGGAACACCCUAUUUUAAGAGUAAAUUAGAAGAAAACAUUCAAAGGAUUUUAAGAUAGGGCACUUCCAAUAGACGGCUUUGAUCAUAUUGUUCCUAUGACCGAUGCUCCCAUCAUUCUCCCAUUUUAUAACCUGAAUGGUGGAAAACUGAAGUGUGCAGAACCUUCAGCCAUUUAUUUUUAAAAGAUAUUUUAAAUUCAAUUUCUAAGAUAAAUUUAAAGUAAUCACCCCAACGCGCAACUCAAAGAAUGUCCACUCUCUUUUCCUUGAUAAUAUAUUUCAGUAAAUGUGUAACUUAGAUGCUUCAUAUCCUCUAGAGCAUUAGAGGAAAGGUCGAUCCUCGAACAUCAGGGCGUUGAGUUUUUAUAAGUAGCUAGUUAAGAGCUUUUUGGGACUUCAUUGCUCAUCUAUCUAUAGAUUGCUGCCUUUCCUUGGUGAUGUCAAUUCGGGACUACACACUGUCCAUCUCUGCCCAGUAAUAAUCCGCACUCAACGGACGAAUAAAAACAAAGUAGUUUUUUGUGUGAUCCGUAGGGUGGAACGAAGGCACCUCCCUCAUGGAUUCGACGGUUGCGUCAUGCAAUGCAAGAAGCUGGACGGCCGGGGACGGGGGCCAGAGAUAACGCCAUUAAUUUGUCUCCAAAGGCUGUGUAGGCUCCGAAAAGUUAGAGGGGGAGAGAGAGAGAGAGAGAGAGAGACGAUGGGCUCCACAGGCUGCGAAGAGACGUAGAGGAGACGUAGAGGAGAAGCCGAAGAGGGCGAGGAGAGCGGGUCAUUUACCCUACUUACCCAGUGACGGAGAGUGGCGUACAGCAGGUGAACGUGGAGAAAUUGAGGGGAAAAGCAUGAGGGGAAGAAUGAGGCGGCAGAGAAGGGACAAACGAGGCUCUCUGGUGAGGGAACCAGGCUAUCCAGGCUUCACCUCUCUCUCAACGUCUCUCUCUCUCUCGCUUGCUCAUUAACCUCAAGAGUUAAAGAAAAUGACAAAAAAUAUUUAAAGAAAACGACAAAAAUAUGUAAAGAAAAUGACAAAAAAUAUUUACUCACGUAUCCGGCGCGUCAUUUGAGUAGCUUGGAACGUGUCUGUGUCUGUGGGUCUCCCGAUGUCUAUUAAUGACUUCGUCACUAGACGGCGAUACGCCAGAGCAACCCUCCCCCUCUCCACUGCCAGCUUCUUGAUCCUGAUCAGACAGACGAUAGGACCAGCGCUCCUUCUUGGAGAGAGAGAGAGAGGGGAGUGAGAUUGGAUCACAACAAACUCGUUUUCGGUCUCUCUUUCUCUCCCCCCCUAUAUAUAUGUGUAAAAAUAUGUGA